AAUGCGUACGCCAAAAACCGAAUCGGGUCACGUUGAUUCUUGAAAACAAAUAUGGCAGACUUUGCAGCCUGAUGAAAAUUUAUUUUUGUCAUAAUCACAAUGAAGGACAAAAUAAACGAUACCGAAAAGGCUGCAAGUAGUGUUAUUCAAAGUAAUUUUGAAAUAGCUGUACAGCUCGUUAAGUCACUCCCACAAAAAGGAUCGUUUCAACCAUCUUACAGUGAAGCUGGAAAGAUUUACAGUUAUUUCAAGCAGGCUAAAUUUGGGCCAUGCACACAACCUCGUCCAGGUUUCUGGGAUGUUGUGGGUCGAGCAAAAUGGGAUGCUUGGUCGGCACUUGGAGACAUGUCACAAGAAGUUGCUAUGAAGCAUUAUGUCGAAGAAAUAAAACAGGUGUAUUCCCGCAUUAAACAAAUCGAAGAAUUUGAAGAGCGACAAGAAGAAUUUGCAGAUGUACUUAUACCCUUCUGUAAAGCUGCAAACAUUCCGUUAUCUGCGAAACUUUUGAAGCUUUCCAAAGCUCAAGAAACUACUAACAGAGUUCCAUCAAAAAAUAGCAAGCCAAUGGAAGGGACACCAGUUAACGGUACACCAGUUAACGGUACUAAUUCUAAUGGUACCCCGAGAAAUAACACACCUGGUGACAGAACACCUCUGAACGGUGUUGGUGCACAUUUACCUGAUGGCAUGAACAACUCGACCAGUUCUGUGCAUUCUGUUAUGAUGGAACAUAUGAAUAAAAAUGAUGUUUUUAAUGAUAACAGAGAUAGACAAGCAGAAGAUGAAGUGAAUCUAACUGUAGAGGAUGUACAAAAUGGUAGCGGCAGUGAGGAUGAUGAAGUUUAUUGCGAUUCCAUAGAUCCUGAUCAGGUGAUUUCAUUUUCAAGUAGUGUCAAUGGCCAACUUACCAAUAUCAAUGGAACUCCUGAAAAAAAAUCACAGUCUAUUAUGCAGAACACGAGUACGCCAUAUACAAGAGAACAACACCCUACUAAUACGGAAUCAAAAACAAGCACCAGCUCUGAAAGCAAGAGCGAUUUUGAAGUUGUCACGGGUAACCCCAAUGAUAUAACGAACCUUGAAAGCAUACCGAAGAAAGAUUUCGAGAAACAGAAUACCUCAAGAGAAUCUGCAAAUGGAAAACAGAAUUCCUCUUCUGAUUCUUCUAAGACUUUUAAUUUAUUAAAUGAGUUGCAGAAACCCUGUAAAAAUCGGAAACAAAAAGAUGUGCGUAAAAAAACAACGACGAUAGAGAAUAGUCGAAGUGAUAGAAUGCGUCAAACAAGUGUUCGAUCUCAUAAAAUAGACGGACAGACUCCAUCAGAUAGAACUUCUGAACAAAAGUCUCAAGGAGGUAGCAAUUCUGUAAAUGGUGAAAAUGUAAAUGUGUAUCGUUCUUCUCAACACCACCGUCAUUCACGUCACCGACAUCCGUCCAAUUCAAAUCAUGACGACACUGACGACGACACGUGCAGCACAAUUAGUUCGUCAUCAAGCGACAACGUCGGGUUAAAGAUUGUACAAGCUUUGGAACGUAUGGAGGAGAAUCUUCACGAUGUUUUGGAUCGACUGGAUUCGAUCGAAGGGACGAUGAAAACGCUUACACAACCUACAACACCAUGGUGGAGAAAUUAUGUUCCAUCGAAUACGGCCCUGUUUUGGGCGAUGUGGCCGGUCAUGGUGAAUUUGAUCUGCUUUUACUUUUGGCGGAAAAAAAGAAGGCAACGUUUACAAAAAUGUUAAAAGGAGUCGAAUGGUUGUUGAAUGGAUAUAUAGAUGACGCUACGAUUGAGCUGUGCUUCUUAUAGUCAUAUAGGGUGACUGGAUGUCUGCAUGUUAAAUUUCAUAAUGAAAACAAUGGAGCGAUACAGUGAAUUGUUGAAUAAUCUUUGAAUAGAAAUUACAAUUUAUAAGCUGAUUUAACAGAAACAAUUUUUAACUUCAAAUGAUAGCCGGAAUAAAUUGGCUGCCUUGGAUUGAACUUUGGCUCGAUUUUACUAGAAAUAAUACAAAUAUGUAUAUAUAUAUAUGUCUUGUAUAGAUUAUUUUUUUUUCAAGAAAUGUUCAAUUUAUUUCA